AUGGCCGUAAGCAGUAGUUUGUGUACAAAUAGAUCCUGUUUUCAUAUGCGCAUCAUGCUGAUUGGGCUCCUCCUCUUUUGCAUAAGCGCCAUUCCCUUGUGUCUUUGCCUCGGUGAUAGAGGUGGUUCCAUCUUGGGGGGUAGCUGCAUUGAGAGUGAAAGAAGAGCUUUAUUUGCCAUCAAAGCAGACAUCUACGAUCCUGACCAAUGGCUUUCUUCUUGGGGAGGCCAAGAUUGCUGCGGAUGGAGAGGAGUCGGCUGUGACAACAGCACCGGUCAUGUGGUAAAGCUCGAUCUCAGGUACCCCUAUACCCCUGAUUUUCAAGAAGAAAUUGGAAAGUUUCCAGGUCGAAGUAAGGUAAAUCCUUCUUUGCUUGACUUAAUGCAUUUGAAAUAUCUGGAUUUGAGCCUUAACAAUUUCUCUGGAGCGCCUAUCCCAAAAUUCAUUGGUUCCCUUGUGCACCUAGAAUAUCUUAACCUAUCCAAUGCUGAGUUUAGUGGAUCCGUUCCAUCAGAGCUUGGAAAUCUCUCCAGCUUGUACUUCCUUGAUCUUCAUUCGGAUUCUUAUUAUUGCCAAUGCUAUAAUUUUUUUUGUCCUAAUUGUGUUGAUGUUAAUAGAUGGUUUUUAUAUGCCGAUGACCUUCACUGGCUCUCCCGCAUCCAUUCUCUGCAGUUCCUUGACAUGAGUAGGGUCAACCUCUCCAAGGCAGCCAACUGGCUUCAUGAGAUUAACAUGCUCCCUUCUCUGUUGGAGUUGCAUUUGUUUGAAACCUACCUCCCUUCUAUCCCUAGUACACUAUCCCACGUCAAUCUCACAUCUCUUAGAGUGCUUGAUCUUUCUUGGAAUGACAACAUCAAAGCUAUUGUAUCCAAUUUGUUGUUCAAUAUUAGCAGCAGUCUUGCGCACCUCAAUCUUGAAGCAUAUGAUUUCCCCGAUAGCCUACUUGUUGCCAUAGGGGAUAUGUGCAACUUGCAGCAUUUAGAUUUGUCUUAUAAUCAAAUAACUGGAGAGAUUUUUCAGAGCAUAGGAAACCUCAGCCACUUGCAGCAUUUAGAUUUGUCUUCUAAUCAUAUAAAUAGAGAGAUCUUCCAGAACCUGAGAAACCUCAGCCAGUUGCAGCACUUAGAUUUGUCUUUUAAUCAAAUAAAUGGAGACAUUUUUCAAAACUUGGAAAACCUCAGCCACUUGAAGUAUUUAGAUCUGUCUGAGAAUAAUAUCAGCGGGGACAUUCCAGAAAAGCUGGGAAACCUCAAGGACCUGGAGAACUUAUUGAUGGAUAAUAAUAGAAUCAGUGGUGUUAUACCGAAGAGCUUUGGGAAUCUUUGCAGCUUGCUGGAAUUAUCUUUGAGGGGAAACCUUAUAAGUGGAGAGAUACCAGAAAGCAUCGGAAACCUCGUACAACUACAACAAAUGGAUUUAUCAUCUAAUAUGAUUGGCGGACAGAUACCAGAUGUUUUUGACAAGCUUCAUAGUCUGCGUACGUUGGCUUUACCGAGGAAUCGCAUGACUGGGAAAAUACCAAGAUCUAUGGGGAAUCUAUGCACGUUAAGCAUACUAGAUAUAUCUCAGAACAAUAUUAAUGGAGAGAUUGCAGAUACAAUAGAAGGUUUGUCUAAAUGCACCAAAAAUAUGUUGGAUCCAAAUAGCUCUUUAUAUGGUCUAAUAUACCUGGACAUGAGUUCCAAUAACUUAAGCGGGACAGUCCCAGAAAGUUUGGCUUGGUUUUCUGCACUGCAAAUACUGUCUUUUGCCUCAAACUCCUUUACAGGUCGUUUGACUGAAACCCACUUCACCAACCUUACAAGAUUAGAAGAAUUGGAGCUGUCAUACAACUCAUUUGAAGUGAUCUUGAAUCAUAAUUGGGACCCUCCUUUUAACGCUCAAUGGAUUGGUAUGUGCUCUUGUCAUUUGGGACCGAAAUUUCCUACCUGGCUUCGAACACAGACAAAUUUGUACGGGCUACAGCUCUCAGAAAAUAACAUUUCAAAUGACUUCCCUUCUUGGUUUUGGGAUCUACAUAUCACUGGAUUGAAUAUAUCUCUUAAUAGCAUGACAGGAAAACUACCAACUUCUUUGAGAGGCAGGCAAUAUGCAAACAUUGAUAUGAGUUCCAACAACUUCCAUGGUCUACUACCUGAAUUAGACCCCUCUUUUCUAUCUAUCAUAAAUUUAUCCAACAAUUCAUUUGAGGGACCUAUUCCCUUGAGCUUUGCUAGAGCUAUGGGACUCAAAUACCUUUUGUUAUCCAACAAUUACAUUAAUGGUAGCAUUCCCCCGUUCAUUUGCAAUCUCACUCAGCUAGUUAUUCUUGAUUUGUCCAAUAAUAAUUUGUCUGGAAGACUUCCAAAUUGCUGGCAUAUUGACUCACAAAAAGACAACAUAUUAAGGCAUUCUCAAGGCUCCAUGGCUGGUCCUAUCAACCUCCAAUCAUUGCACAUGAGAAACAAUAGUCUGUCUGGAGAUUUUCCUUUAUUCUUCAAAUAUUGUGAACAACUGGCUGUUCUUGAUCUUGGAGAAAACAAGUUCUCAGGUAACCUACCAUUAUGGAUUGGUGAAAGCCUCGUAUCAUUGAGAGUUCUUUCUUUGCGAUCAAAUUUCUUCAACGGUAAUAUACCAGAGCAACUAUCAUAUCUUACUUCUCUCCAAGUUUUAGAUCUCGCUUACAAUAGUUUUUCAGAUGUUUUGCCUCCAUCUAUAGGAAACUUGAGCGCAAUGAUGGCAACAGGGAAUGUGGACAAACCAGGGAUUUCAAAAAAUUACGGCAUUUAUUAUACGGAGAGUUUGCUAAUGACCACAAAUGGAAUAGAAAUUGAAUACACCAGUGUACUUUCACUUGUAAUGAGCAUAGACCUCUCACACAACAAUCUUUCUGGAGUGAUUCCUGAAGAACUGGUGAAUCUUCGAGGAUUGCUUUUUUUGAACCUCUCUAAUAAUCAUUUCACGGGAAGGAUUCCAGAAAAUAUUGGUGCUUUAGAGCAGUUAGAAUCACUUGAUCUGUCAGUGAAUAAUCUCUCAGGAAUGAUUCCGACGACUAUGUCCUCCAUGUAUUUCUUAACUCAUUUGAACUUGUCCACAACAAUUUGUCAGGAACAAUUCCUUGGGGCAACCAGUUGCAGACAUUCUGUGAUCCCUCUAUCUAUAAUGACAAUCCUUAUCUUCAUGGAUGGCCGUUACCAUGGUGCUCUAAUAAAGCCCCUUCAAAGAGUCCAUUUCCAACAGAAGGUCAAGAAGAGAAAUCUGAAAAUAGAGACAAGUCCGAAAAGAUAUGGCUUUAUGUUAGCUGUGCACUAG